GGCGCGGCCCCCGGCUCCUCCCCGCGUCCUCCCUCCUGGGCUGUCGCCCUCCCCCGCGGCGUUGGUCCGCUGGUCCGCAGGAUGAAGAACCCAAUGCUGGAGGCGGUGUCCCUCCUGCUGGAGAAGUUGUUCCUCAUGUCCAACUUCAAGCUCUUCAGUUCGGGCGCCCCGGGUGAAGACAAGGCGAGGAGCAGUUUCCACGAUAUCAACUCCUUCCGCCGGGGCGACGUCCUGGAGGUGUCCCGGACCCACCUGACCCAUUAUGGCAUCUACCUGGGCGACAACCGUGUCGCCCACAUGAUGCCCGACAUCCUGUUGGCCCUGACCGAGGAUCGGGGGCUCACGCAGAAGGUGGUCUCCAACAAGCGUCUCAUCCUGGGCGUUAUCGGCAGGGUGGCUAGCAUCCGCGUGGACACGGUGGAUGACUUCGCCUACGGAGCCGAAAUCCUGGUCAACCACCUGGACAAGUCCCUCAAGAAGAAGGCCCUGCCCAACGAAGGGGUGGCGCUGAGGGCGGAGAAGCUGCUGGGCAUCACCCCCUACAGCCUGCUGUGGAACAACUGCGAGCACUUCGUGACUUACUGCAGAUACGGCACCGCCGUCAGCCCCCAGGCGGACAAGUUUUGUGAGAAUUUGAAGAUAAUUAUUCGUGAUCAGAGAAGUGUUCUUGCUUCGGCACUCUUGGGAUUGGCAUCUAUAAUCUGUCUGGGCUUGGCAUCAUAUACUACUCUUCCUGCAAUUUUUAUUCCAUUCUGCUUAUGGAUGGCUGGCUAACUUCACAUCCUCGUGUCAGUGUGUGUAUUUAGUGUGUAAAUUUGUUUAUAUUUAUAGAGCACAAAUCAGUAUAAGCAUCGUCGAGAAAAAUGUGACCUGUAACAUUGUGUUCUGGUUAAAAAUGUGAUUAAGAAUCACACAAAGUGCUUACUGUGUAAGCCCAAGAACAAGGCUUUCUGAAUCUUCCUCAGGCAGUUCCAUUUUAAAGCACUGUGCAAAUCUUGGAAACCUGACAACUUGUGAUAGAAUUCAUCAUUACAAGAAAACCAGCCUCUAAGAUGAUGGCCACAGGAGAUUUUUUUUCCUCCUGUAAUCAUUGCUCUUCUCUGUUAGGCCAGAAUCUGAAGAUCAGAAGACUUACUGAAUGAAGAUCACCAACUUCAUUGUAAAUUUAUCCUGUUUCAUUGAAAACUUACAUUAAACUGAAAGAAUUUCCCUUGUUCAGAUGAAAACAUGUUUGAUGAUUGGCCAAAAAAAAAAAAAAAAAAAAAAAAAUUUCCUCAAUCUUUUUUUCAUGUAUUAUAAUUCCCAAUGAGUCAAGAAUACUUCAUUAGUUGAAACCAUAUUAGCAAAAUUAAGGUUUACUGAUAAAGUGACUGGCCAGAACUAUAGGAAUCUGUGUUUUCCUGCAGAAAUAGUUACUAUAAUAUCAGUUGAACAAUUUGAUAUAGCUUUACUUAAUAGGAAGCCUAGCAUCCUUUUUCCCCCCUUUAUGUGUCACUGUGGUUACUUUAAACCACUCUGAGAGGUAAAUGGGUAUAGGAUUGAAAUAAUUUGGAUACUUGGGAUGUAUAUGUACCAAUUAAAUAUGCAGAUAUCCACAUACACUCAGACUGAUGACAAAUUAAGUUUGUUAACUGCUUUAUUAUCAUACCACUGUGGUUAUUAUAGAGCAUUUGUAGAGGUGAAUGCUAUAGCAAGUUUAGUCCAUUUUCUUAUGCCUUUGCCUGUGGUGUGACUUGCAUACAUGACAUUGGAUGGUUUAGCUUUUAGAGCACUUAGUAAUGUACUGUAUAAUUUUUAAAAGCCCUCAAAUUUGUUUUCUAGUCAUUUUCUCCCAAUUUCAUUGGCAAGUAAGUAUAGCUUACAUCCUUAAAAGAAGAAUGCCAUAUAAGCCCCAAACAAGUAGGACCAAAGGAAAUAACCGUUUGUUAUUUGUAAGCGUCUUAGUACCGCCAGGCAUGUAAAUUGAUUAUACUGAGGCUGUUUUAAUAUUUAGUUGAGAUGUACUGGUGUUAAAGCAAGCAUUCAAGUACUUUUCCAAAAUUAACAAAUUCUGAAGUUAAGCUGAAAGCUAGACUUCCAUUUCAAGUAUUAAAGUUAUUUUAUAAACUACCAAGAAUCAAAAUAGUAAGUCACAUAAUGAGUGGUAUGAGGAGGGUGGGAUCAGUCACUCAGUGAUCCAACCAGAACUAAUUUAAGAGCAGAUUUUAGUAACUGAUAUUUUAUCACCACUAAUUUACCCACAACAAAUUCAGUUGGAGUUUAAUUUUGUGUUUAAUCAUUUAAAUAUUUUGAAUAAUU